UGGCAGCGAGCACUGGAGGGGGUCUCGUUCUCCUGCGGCCUGGCCAUGGGGCGCCUCCUACUGCUGCUCCUGGUGCUGCGCGGCCUGCCCGCCGCUCCGUCGAGGGGGCUCCGCCUGCCGCUGCCACCGCCGCCCGCCUGCCGCUGGCCCAGGAUUCCUUCAGACAAAGCCCAGCACCCAGCCUGGCUGAUGACGGAGAUGCCUUUCCGCAAUGCUCUCAAGUCUUGGCUGACUGGCAAGCAACCUCUGCUGAUCCUAGCCAGCUCGUUAGAAGACCCUCCUGCCUUCCUUCAGCAUCUCACCAGCAGCAACUCUGGCCUCGCUGCAUGGGCAGAAUUGCAUUGUAGAAAGCAACAUGCAGCUGCCCGCCGCCCCCACCGCCUCCGUGCUCAGCUGAUGCGCAUUGGCUGCGUCUUGGGGACGUGCCAAGUGCAGAAUCUCAGACAUCGGCUCUGGCAACUGAAGGGGCGGCCAAGAGGUCAGGACUCUUCCCCCGUGAACCCCAACAGCCCACACAGCUACGGCUGAAGGCAGAUGGCUGCCCAGGACUACACAGCAUCUACAGCACGUGUCCCGCCCCCCCCCGAGACACUCUACAUAGCAUCUACUGUUUGAAGGAUACCCCCCCAAAUCCCCACUCGUCUUUGUUUGCAUUGCCUUCUGGACCGCAGGGUGGGUUUGUUCACUGGAAAGAGAAGGGAUCUGAAAUAAACGUAACUGUAUCCCUG